AUGGCUUUUGCGGCCAAUAAUGCUGCUGCAGCCGCCGCAAAUGCUCAGGCACAGUACAUGAAUGCGCCGUCGUUCUCAGCACCGGGAAUCACCUACCUCGGCAGCCAGCCCAGCUGCGGACAAGGUGGCACAAAGGUUUUCCUGAAAAUCCAGAGCCAAUAUGACUUGAUGACCAUGACGCCCACGGCUCCUUAUUGCUGGGUAAUCUUUGGCGACCAGAGAUGCUCGGCGCAUAUCAUGAAGGAGGGCCAGGAUGCCAGCGGCGCAUGCACGUAUAACAUCACAACUGAUGCGCCGAACUACAUGGUCACGAACUGGCAGAGCCCUUCAAACGUGCCAGUGUCGCUCAUCAUCGAGAGUUCAGAAGGAAACGAGAUUGCACGCGUCGAGUCCGCGGGAUCCUUUACAUACACCGAUGCACAGGCAAGUGUGUCCUCCGGGACCGCCAGCCCACAUGACAACAACGGGUCAGUCACACGGAGAGGCAGCCGGUCACCUGAACAUGAACAGCGGGCCAGCCCGCCGCAACUCACGGUCCGCACGAGCGCCACCACGAGCCCUACGAACGAACAUCACGGCCAGCAGCUCACGCCGGUCGGGCCGUCAGAUGAGGCUACAAAUACCUUUGGCUAUCCGCCCACCGGGGUUGCCCAGGGGCAGAACUCCUUUACGCCAUCAACGGCGUAUAAUCAGAGCAACGAUACGAUGCUUGGAGCAUACCGCACCACGAACUACCACCACCAACACUAUCACCGGGGCGCGUCCGCUCUCCGCUCGCCUCAUCACAGUGUUGGUGGAUGGAAUACCUAUGGCGGGCUGGAUGGCCGCAGCCCCGGGUCGUACGGGCCAUCGUCACACACGAGCAUCACUCGUCCGGGUCUCACACCUUCGCUGCCCGCUCCGAAUGCGGGUACACCGCAGCUGAUCCGGACCAGCACCAUUCAACAAAGCGGCCCCGGCACCGGCAUGAGCAGCAACCCGUACAACCCGUACGCGCUGUAUUCGUCCAAGGCGGUGCUUACAAUCCAGGGCAACCUUGACUCAAUGGCACAGGACUGGACUCAGGAGGAAUGGGACAAUAGGCGCAGAAUUGUGAUCUUCAAGAAGACACAGGUUGGCAGCAGGCUCAACGCUUCUUUCCGGCCGGUGUCCGUUAAUGAGAGGCCGCCGAACAGUAUCUGCAUCUCCUGCAUCUGGUGGGCCGAGAAGCAAGAAUGCUUCGUCACCUCGGUGGACACAAUUCAUCUGCUUGAGCAGCUCGUCGCAGCACCGGCACGAUUCACCGUCGAGGAGAAGAACCGGAUCCGCCGCAAUCUGGAAGGCUUCAAGCCACUGACUGUGUCCAAGGCAAAGGCGGAUAGCGAGGAGUUCUUCAAGAUCAUCAUGGGCUUUGGCAACCCCAAGCCGAGAAACAUUGAGAAGGACGUCAAGGUGUUUCCCUGGAAAAUCCUGGGACAGGCCCUGAAGAAAAUCAUUGGCAAAUACAGUGCCUCACCUUCAUCGACUCUUCCGCCCACGACACCGACCCAUCUCCUCACUCCAGUGAGCGUGAGCGGUGCAAGCUAUCCCUUGCCUCCCACGCCAGGGUCGACCACUACGGCGACAGACCCAACAUCGGCGACUGGCUACAUAAGCGCCGGAGUCGGCAGCCACGGCUCUAUGGCGGAUACAAUCCCAUCACCACGCUCGCUCCCUGGAAGCACAUCAACAGCAUGGCCAGCAUACCCAGGCAGUGCUGUGUCAAGGACACUGUCCCCAGUGGUUGGCCUCAAGCCAGCAUCCCCCAACCCGACCUCCAGUCUGCGCAUCUCAACCUUACCAGCCGUCUACGACACCCGCGGCAGCCAGAACUUGACCAGCCCCUACGGCCUACCUCAGGGGCACAACACCCACCAUGGACAAGUGCCUCAAAGCCAUAGUGGUCGCUGGGACUACAGCGGGGUCGACACCAGCACAGGGGUGUAUGGCGGCGCAGCCCAUAGCGCCCAUCACGGAGUUGGUCACGGAGUCUACAGCGGGGCGUAUGGGGAGAGUGCCCAGCGAGCAUGA